AUGCAGAUCAAAGCUUUCAUUGCAGCCUUGCUCUCAGUCGGGGCUCUUGCCGCCCCCGUGCUGAAUGACCGAUCUUACUUGAUUGCUUACCCUGAAGAGGGUGGUGCUGAAGCUGAGAAGCGGUCGUACCUUAUCGCCUACCCCGAGGAAGAGGGGGGUGAGGUCUCCAAGAGGGCUUACCUUAUUGCCUACCCUGAGGAGGAAGGUGCUGAGGUUUCCAAGAGGGCUUACCUUAUUGCCUACCCUGAGGAGGAAGGAUCUGAGGUUUCCAAGCGAUCCUAUCUCAUUGCCUAUCCGGAGGAGAAUGGGGCCGAAGUCUCCAAACGCUCAUACUUGAUUGCGUACCCUAAGGAGGAAGGUGCUGAGGUUUCCAAGAGGGCUUACCUCAUUGCGUACCCCGAGGAGGAGGGAGCUGAUGUCUCCAAGCGGGCUUAUUUGAUUGCCUACCCUGAGGAGGAGAGCGACGUCGCCAAGCGAGCCUACCUCAUCGCAUACCCCGAGGAGGAGGCCAAGGCCAAUGUUGCCAAGGAGUAA